UAGUAACGAAACAAGCAGAGAGAGAGAGAGGCGGAGAGAUAAAUAAUAUACAGAAAUGAGCAGGUCGAGCUCGAGCAUGGCCACCGUCCUCGUGGUGUUGAUGGUCGUCAGCGCCGGCGGCUUAUCCCCACCAUGUGCGGCCGCUGCGAAGGAGGAGAAGCCAGUGGUGGUGCUGCCACCAGCGGCGGCGCCAGGGGAGGCGCCCUCCGCGGACGCGGCAGCGUUCGUCCGCUCCUGCUGCGACACCGCCCUGCAGGCCGACCGCGACGGCUCCAGCUUCUGCUACUACCAUCUCCUCCCCUACGCUGCCUUCUUCGAGGGCAACCAGGUGAAGGUCGCCGAGGUGGCCGCCACCAUCCUGAGCACCAACCUCUGGGUCUACGUCGACCAAUUGCGCAAGGUCCAGGGAGGGGCCGGCAAGGGGGACCCGAACCUGAACGCCUGCGUCGAUGACUUCAGCGUAGCCGCCGGCGAGAACAUCACCAGGGAGGCGCUGCAGAGCCUCGGCCGCCUCGCCGCCGCCGGAAAUGGCAAGCGCAGCAAGGAGGAUCUGGAGAAUGCGCAAAAGUGGAUCAAAGGGGUGGAGAAACCCUACAACGGUGGGAUCGGGAAAGCAUCCGGUUGCGAGAUAGGUUACCUGUUCACUUAUAGCGAUGAUCUCCCCGCCCAGAAAACCCUUGGAUAUACUUUCGACACAGCUAGCUCCCUCAUCAAUCACAUAAAGCUUUAAUAAUCUAGCUAUAUAUAUAGCCUUCCAUGCAUGCUCUCUAGCUACCUACUAAGUGGAAGUACAUUAUUUUAUUUAUUAUACUUGUUGUUAAUUCCCAUGAUCGAUUAGUGGUGUUGUCCACGAUUUUUGGUAACAUUGUUUUUCUCAAUUUUCUAUUUCAUAUAUUCCCAACUCUCAAUUCUACAUUAUAUAUCAUUUUUUCAUUCAACUUCAUACAUACAAUUCCUCAGUUCUUUCUUAUAUAUAGGCCUUACGCUAAAUUUUUUUUUGGAUACACACCACCGUCGAUUAUAUCGUGCAUACUUUUGUAUUUCAAUUAAUUAAUUGUGACACUUGCUUCCCACACAUUGAUCGCAUGCACGCCACAUUUGUAACAUUGUUAUCAAAUUUCGGAAAUAAAUUUAUCUAUCGUGUGAAUUAUUUCA